CCACCGGAUUCUGAAAUGCAAGUGUCCGGUAGAGUAGACGCGGCCGUCUUAACACACAGACUUCUGUGUCAAUGUAAAGGUUAUAAGCAGGUGGUUUUAAUUUAAUUGUAUUCCGUCAAAUGCUGGGAAAGAUAGUGUCAUUCCUCUCUAGGAAAAGGUCAGCCGACUGUUCCCUUUAAUGUAAUAAUUUGCCGAGAACUUGUAACAGUGGAUACAAAACACUACGUAUGAACUUGUGGUUUCAGCUUUUUUGAGGCCGUUGCAUCUUUAACGUUUUGUCUCUUCUUGAGCGUUUCCAUUUUUUAGCCAAUGAAAAUGUAAACGAAUUGACAUAAAAAUCCUUAAAAUCUCAGAAACAAGUAAAAUAGAAAAAAAAAUAUUUGAAUGCUUAAAAGGAGCUAUUCCUGAAGUAUUGAAUAUGCGAUGUCUCAAUUGUGAUAUUGUUAAACGUAAAUUUUUGGAGAAUAGACUGUUUUCCAUCUCCUACCUAGUUAUUUGUUUUAAUGGGAAUAUACAGAGCUCUUUAAUCGAGUGCUUAUUUUAUUAGAACUGAAAGAAUAUUCUGUAUAUGUUACUGUUUGGGAAAGGACCUGAGUAAAUCUCCAACAGCUGGAGCCAUUUGAGACUUUCUAAUUACCAUCAUAAUUAUAUUAACUAACUUUUAAUGGGCACUUGAUUAUUUGCUAGACCUUGCUCUUCUGUGCUUCCUGUGUGUUAGCUAAUUUAAUCCUUUCAUUAGCCAAGUAAUACAGGCGCUAUUAUUGUUUCAGUUUUACAGCAAAGGAGUGCCUUACAGAGGGUAACCACUGGGCUAGAGAAGGGCAGUGCCCACAAAGACCCCAGGCAGUCCAGCUUUGGCCAAAAUACAUUACUACCUCUUCAUAUUCUUCUGCACGAUUCCUUUUUUUGAAAACAUAUGUAGCAAGAGGAACACGGUAUUUCACAAAACAAUAUUAGUCUUAAAAAGCUACAUGACCUGACUUUUUAAAGGAAUAUUUUUAAAGCCUUCUAUUCAUUAAGCCUUAGCUAAUAUGUGAAUAAAUCAGUUUCCUAACAUCUGAUAUCUCAUUCAUUUUCUUAAUGUAAUGUUCCAUCUUACAGCCUUGAUAUUAUUGGCACAUAAUGGAUAAUGCCAGUUAAAUUUUUUUAAGCUUCUCUUUUUUGUGUGUGGGGAGAGUGUUGCUAUAUAGAGUGGUGAUUCUUAUUAGGCUAUAUUUUUGCUAAAUUUUUGCAACGUAAGAAGACACUUAACAGGGCUGGUAACCUGUUUUUAGUCCUCGUGUGUCCUGUUUUCACAGGGGUAUAAGCACUUAAAACAGCCAAUUCGUAUAGUCCUGUGAACCAGCUGUAAAUUGAGUUAAACACUAAAUGAUCAACUUUAUUUUUUUCUUAGCUGGGGUAGGAGGGUUUGCUUUAAUUUUAGAGUAUUACAGCAAUCUUAUGUGUUUAUUUAAACUAGGAGGCAUUUUAACCUCAGUUGGUAAGGAAGCAAAAGUAGAUUUAGAUUUGUAGGUUAAUUGAAAGUUUUCCUUUUGUUUUGUUUUUUACUUUAAUUGUAUUGAAGAUCAGUUUCUAGUUUUUUCCCAGAUCUUUCCCACAUUCUUGGCCUCUAUUUAGUUAUAAUAGAAAGUUAAAAAAAAAAGUUAACAUUCUUAUAACCAGUUCUCCUCAGAAAGCCUUUAAGUCGAUCCUUUCAACAAGUAUGAGAAGAUGCAUCUUCCUCAUGAUUCUUCCGCUCAUUGUUUUUCUAACCUUUUAAAUGUAUAGGGUGAUAGUGGAGAUAAUUCAAACGACGGGACCCAGCCAUCCAAAAGGAGGCGCAUGGGCUCGGGAGACAGCUCUAGGAGCUGUGAAACUUCCAGUCAGGACCUCAGCUUCAGCUACUACCCAGCAGAAAACUUGAUAGAGUACAAGUGGCCGCCGGAUGAGACUGGAGAGUACUACAUGCUUCAGGAACAAGUCAGUGAAUAUUUGGGUGUCACCUCCUUUAAACGGAAGUACCCAGAUUUAGAGCGACGAGAUUUGUCUCAUAAGGAGAAACUCUACCUGAGAGAGCUAAAUGUCAUUACAGAAACUCAGUGCACUCUAGGUUUAACUGCUUUGCGCAGUGAUGAAGUGAUCGACUUAAUGAUUAAAGAAUAUCCAGCCAAACAUGCUGAGUACUCAGUUAUCCUGCAAGAGAAAGAACGCCAGCGGAUCACAGACCACUACAAGGAGUAUUCCCAAAUGCAGCAACAGAAUACGCAGAAAGUUGAAGCCAGCAAAGUGCCCGAGUACAUUAAGAAAGCUGCCAAGAAGGCCGCCGAGUUCAACAGCAACCUGAACCGGGAGCGCAUGGAGGAGAGAAGGGCAUACUUUGACUUGCAGACACACGUUAUUCAGGUGCCUCAGGGGAAGUACAAAGUGUUACCGACAGAGCGGACCAAGGUCAGUUCCUACCCGGUGGCCCUUAUCCCCGGACAGUUCCAGGAGUAUUACAAAAGGUACUCACCGGAUGAACUGCGCUACUUGCCACUAAACACGGCUCUUUACGAGCCCCCUCUGGAUCCUGAGCUCCCUGCGCUUGACAGCGACGGAGACUCAGACGAUGCCGAGGACGGGCAGGGGGACGAGAAGAGGAGGCAGAAGGGCACCUCGGACACCUCCUCCGGCAAUGUGUCUGAGGGCGAGGGCCUUCCCGAGGGCCAGGAGGAGCCUUUCCAGGGGCGACAGAGACCCAAGGACAAGGCUGCCACGCCCAGAAAGGAUGCUUCCAAGCGCUCUGUACUGUCGAAGUCAGUUCCUGGGUACAAGCCAAAGGUCAUUCCAAAUGCUCUAUGUGGGAUUUGUCUGAAGGGUAAGGAGUCCAACAAGAAAGGGAAGGCUGAGUCACUUAUACACUGCUCCCAGUGUGAUAACAGUGGCCAUCCUUCUUGCCUGGACAUGACCAUGGAGCUUGUUUCUAUGAUUAAGACCUACCCAUGGCAGUGCAUGGAAUGUAAAACUUGCAUUAUAUGUGGACAGCCCCACCACGAAGAGGAAAUGAUGUUCUGUGACAUGUGUGACAGAGGGUACCAUACUUUCUGUGUGGGCCUUGGUGCUAUUCCAUCAGGUAAAGACCACAAACAGGAGGCCCAUGACCUUCCGUGGGACUCGCCCAGCAUUGUCUCUAAAGGCUGCAGAAACACCAGUGACAGGAAGGGCCUGUGCAGUGAUCACCCAGGUCAGGGCCACCGGCUCUUCUUGCGUAGACCUCCCAAUCAACCGAGGGGACACAUGCAUGUCAGGGAGUCCAGUCUAAGUCUGGAAGUAGAACUCAGUGUAUAGAAUGAGCCACUGUUUUUCUACUAAAAUAGUUAGAGCCACAGCAUCACUUUAUUUCAAAGCCUUGAUUUUAUUUUCAUGUCAUCGACACAGAAACUUAACAAAAUGAAUGCUAUGCCUGUGGACAUACUAAACCAGAUUUUACAUAGAUUUCUAUCAAC